UGGGGUAGUGCUAAAAAAUUUACUGUUUCUUUUUUAAGCUUUAAUUUGGAUUGGCUCUAGUUGCUGCUUCUCUCACCUACUCCUCUCAGUGGAUAGCAUAGCGUAGCAGCAGUCAAUCACAAGGAAGAAAAGAAGAUCCUCACGCACUAACAUCGGUGGUGUUGUUAGGAUCACAACUCAUAACCCUCCCUUUACACAUAAAAUAAAUAUUUAUAUAAAUGACAAAUAAAUAAAGUAAAAUAAAUAAUAUAGGGCCUUCAUUUUUUGAGAUGGUUUAAUUUGGCAGACAAAGAAAUCCUUGGAAACCCCAUAUGCUGAUAAUGGAGUCACAGAGCAAUAAAAGCAGCAAUAGCAGUGAGCAUCAUCAUCAUCACCAUGGCCAAAAACAAGAAGCUUCACUGCAACUAGUCUCCCGUGAUGGUCAACCACAAGCUGCUGCUGGUGCCGCACAUGGGACCUCCUCCCAUCAGGCUCAGGCUCAGACUCAGGCACAGCCUCAGGCCCCAGGUCAUCAUGUCUCAUUCAUGGGCUCCAUUUCCAACCAAAUUGGGGUUCCCUCUUCCUCCCCUACUUCCACUUCUUCCCUCGCUAAGCCUCCUGCUGCCAAAAGACCCACCAAAGACCGUCACACCAAGGUCGAUGGCCGCGGCCGUCGCAUCCGAAUGCCCGCCGUUUGCGCCGCCAGGGUCUUCCAACUCACCCGAGAAUUGGGUCAUAAAUCAGAUGGUGAGACCAUCGAGUGGCUGCUUCAACAAGCGGAACCUGCCAUCAUAGCUGCAACGGGAACCGGCACUAUUCCAGCCAAUUUCUCCACUCUCAACGUUUCACUUCGCAGCAGUGGAUCAACCAUUUCAGCUCCUUCAUCAAAAUCCGCACCUCUCUCUUUCCACAGCGCUUUAGGUUUUUACAACAGUAAUGGAGAUGAGGCCAGAAGGAUCGGCAACAGUACCGCCAUGCUAGGGUUUCAUCAUCAACUUUACCCUCAGCUCCUUCACCCCGAAACUCACAUGAGAAGUGGCAGUAACCCUAACGACAACUACGCUACAAAGCCAUUCAGAGAUGACCUUUUCAAAGAAACAUCUCAGCACAAUGCUGAAACGGGUGCCAUAGACGCGAAUUCUCCUAAACCGGAGAGAACCGGAAUGCCAGAACAAGAACCCGGUUUGUUUCAAACAGCCAACGUCAUGCCAGCUCCAGCUAUGUGGGCCGUUGCACCGGCCACCACCAAUGGAGGUAAUGCCUUUUGGAUGCUGCCGGUAGGCGGUGGCGCCACAGCAGCUUCAGCUACAGUGCCAGAAGCCCAGAUGUGGACAUUCCCGGCUCAUUAUUCAGGUGGGGGUAGAGGGAAUCCGGUUCAGCUGGGCUCAAUGAUAUUGCAACAACAGCAGGCCGGGGGUCAACAGCUUGGUUUAGGAGUGACGGAGACUAACAUGGGGUUACUUGGCAGUGGAAUGAAUGUUUACAGCAACAAUAAUAGAGUGGGUUUAAAAAUGAAUUUGGAACAGCAGCAUCAUCAUGAAAAUCAAACUCAAGGCAGUGACAGUGGAGAUGAAAAUCCAGCUACAGAUUCCCAAUGAUACAAUUCUCUACUUUUUUUUUUUUAAUUUUUACCUUUUUGUAAAUGCACGUGUUUUGUUGCUAUUUUUGGAUUGUUGAUUGCUAGCUAUUAGCUUUGAUCCUCUAGUAGGAUGCUGAACUGUUGUAAUUGAUGUGCAGUUGGGUGUCAAAGAUUGCCCAUUAAACUAGCACAUCCCAUCAUUUCCAUUUCCCAACUAUUAGAAGUGUGAAAAUAUGGAGAAGAAAACGAUUAUAACAAAAUAAAGAAUAUUUUCAUGCCAA